AUGGAACAACUGUUAGUGCUUCUUAUAAAGCCUGAUGAACUGUCAUGUGCUGUUACGGAAGAAGGCAUGAACGUGCUUCAGAUGGAAAAUUCUGAUUUUAGCCCCACCGGUAUCUGAGUCAUGGAGUGAGUCAUAGCCAACAUUUAUCAGUCCGGAAUCAUCUGAAUUUUAAAUAUGACAAAGACUUUCCAAAUGAAAUUCAAUCAUGCAUUGAAACAAGGCCAUGGAAGUAUUCUAACUGUCCUGUUUCUUUUGGAUUUAACUCUAUUCUUAAUAUGCAUCAGAGAACCCACACCCAAGAAAAGCCUUUUAAAUAUUCCACAUGUACCAUGAAUUUAAUGUCGAAAAACAGCUUUUUAUGCAAAAAGCAGUUUAUAGAGAAAGAUCAGCACCAUGUACAUGAGAAAACAUCCACUGGAAGAAAAUCAUAUAUGUGUGCUACAUGUGGCAAUUCGUUUACAAAAAAGAGUACUCUCACUUUGCAUGAGAAAUUACAUACUGGUGAGAAGCCUCAUAAAUGUGCCAUCUGUGACAAGAGUUUUACACAGAACAGCAUCCUUUCAGCACAUGAGAAGAUACAUUCUGGAGUGAAGCCAUAUAAAUGUGCAGCGUGUGACAGGAGUUUUAAGACAAAGACUCAUCUUUCAACACACAAAAAAAUACACACUGGAGAGAAGCCAUACGUAUGUGCCAUAUGUGGUAAGAGAUUUUCACAAAAGGGUAGUUUGCUAGCACAUGUAAAAACACACAUGGGAGAGAAGCCACAUAAAUGUGCCACAUGUGGGAAGAGUUUUACACAUAAGAGCACCCUUUUAGCACAUGAGAAAAUAUAUUCUGGAGUGAUGCCUGAUAAAUGUGCCACCUGUGACAAGAGUUUUAUACAGAAGAGCAUCCUUUCAGCACAUGAGAAAAUACAUUCUGGAGUGAAGCCAUAUAAAUGUGUUACUUGUGACAAGAGUUUUAAGACGAAGGCUCAUCUUUCAAGACAUGAAAAAAUACAUACAGGAGAGAAGCCAUAUGCAUGUGCCAUAUGUGGUAAAAGGUUUUCACAAAAGGGUAGUUUGCCAGCACAUGAAAAAACACACACAGGAGAGAAGCCACAUAAAUGUGCCACUUGUGGGAAGAGCUUUACACAGAAGAGCACCGUUUCAGCACAUGAGAAGAUACAUUCUGGAGUGAUGCCUCAUAAAUGUGCUACGUGUGGCAGGAAGUUUCAGAAGAAGGCUCAUCUUUCAAGACAUGAAAAAAUACACACGGGAGAGAAGCCAUACACAUGUGCCAUAUGUGGUAAGAGGUUUUUACACAAGAAUAGUUUGUUGGCACAUGAAAAAAAACAUACGGGAGAGAAACCACAUAAAUGUGCCUCAUGUCAGAAGAGUUUUACUCUAAAAUGUAACUUUUUAAGACAUUUGAAUAUUCAUAUUGGUGAGAAACCACACAAAUGUUCUGUAUGUGAGAAGAGUUUUACUCAGAAAGGUAACCUUUUAACACAUCUGAAAAUUCACAGGGGGUCUGAAUGGAGCGAUGGUAAGUCAGUAAGCAAAGGAGAGUAG